AUGGAGCUGAGUUGCCCAGGAUGCUAUAAAAUCACCACGGUCUUUAGCCAUGCACAGACGGUAGUUCUGUGUGUUGGCUGCUCCACUGUCCUGUGCCAGCCUACAGGAGGGAAAGCAAGGCUCACAGAAGGAUGUUCCUUCAGGAGGAAGCAGCACUAACAGUACCCUCAAUCAAGAUGAGUGGGAAGCCAUCCCAAUAAACACAUUUUGGAUA